CGAUUUGUCUAAAGAUCAAAGCGAAAUUUAAUCGCGCUCGGCUAAAUUCGACGCAUCAACAACAUCGUGAAGUUUUGAAAACCUUACAAAUUCCGCAUACUGCUCAGGUACGAUUUUUCUUCAUGUACAGGAUACAUUAAUCGAUAUUUCUUCUUUUUUAGACAUGAGAUCCAAUAUGUUUAUCCCGGUUUGAAAAAUACUACGUCGCUUCAUGACUGUUUUGGUUGCCUUGAAUUUGUAAUUUGACAACUUUAAAAAAUUUUGCCGACCUCGCCGAUCUUUCUCUUGGAAAUAUCUCCCUUGCUUUCGAUUCUUUCCUCUGGGCAACCCAAAUGGUUUUGUAUUCAAUAAGCUCAAGGUGUUUUCAAGGGAAUUCAAAGACAAGUGAAACCAAAACAAUUGCAAAUCUAUUUGUGAUGGAUUCAGCAAAAAAUAGAAAAUUCAGUUACAAGAAGAAAAACGAGGGAUAUUAGAAAUACCAUAAGUUUUUUCUUAUUGUUGUAACUUACAAAGAACCGUUCAUGUCUAGAUCUUUCAGGUUUCCGUCCAGUUGACAGCCGGAAAUGUAAGCGAGCACCGAAGACGGUCCAAACCCGAAUAAUUUGUUUUCGAUGCACACGAAACGAAAACAUCAUGGAGACAAAAUGCAGAAGACAAAUCUGCUUUCGUAAAAGCUGAAUUAGCUACUUCUCUAAUGAAUGCUGCAACAGUGGUAAGUAAAGAACACAUUUUGUUCUAUGUUACAGUAGUUUCCAUUCAGGGAUUAAUGGCUUCGGAAUACGUCAAGCUUCAUUCUUAUUCCCACUUAAACUGCAGUAAUAUUUAUAAAGCUAAUGCGAAAGGAGUAUCAAUUUUUAGACUUAACGCGGUAUUUCUUUCAAUGAUCAAGUCUUGUCAGGUUUUUUGUCUCACAGUUGGCUCGUCGUAUUGCUACAGCAAGAUGAAAUUUUAUCAGGCGGAAAAAUACGAUUUUUGUAAAUUUACCACGAGUCCAUUUGCAAACGAAGCUUUGAAGCAUUUUACAAGACUGAACUUUUCGGAAAUCCAUUAAUACCUUUGUUUGAAUUAAAAAAGGGCAAAACUUAUGUCCCAGAUGAAAUACUCCUACUGAUUUAGUUCGUAAAAAUAGCUGAAUUAGCCAUAUUUAUGCAAUUUAAUGCGAGACGUUUUUUUUCAAAUAGGUGUCGAUUAUAUACUUACCUGGAAAGAUGCAACUUAAAACAAAUUGAAAUAUAUGACCGUAUUUUUAUUCAAAAUUAUCUCCCUGGUAAUUCUAAACUAGUUGCACUCAUGCAAAUUGUAUAAAGUGAGGAAAAAAUACGCUUCACGAUAAAAGCUAAACGAUCCGCUGACUCAGAAAUCAAACUUUGAACGCAAUCGAACUUUUUGCACCUCUCCGAACCCGUUAGGAACUAUAAACACUGAUUUGUCCUUGCGCUGGUGGAUCGAUUCAUAAUCCUUGCAUUUAUACUCUACAUAUGUUUUCCAUGUCCGUUGAAAUGCUACGAUUUAUCGAAUAAUUUUCUGAAUAAUUUCUUUAUUAAAGUUGCAUGUUUAAAAACGGGCCACCGUUCUGAGCUGAUUAGCCCCUGUGGAGAAUAAAUAUUUCUCGCGAAUUAUCAGCGCUUUUCUUUUCUAUUUACGCGUGUUUUACCACUUGUAGAGAAACGCUUUGACACCUAAUGCCUCGGAUGUACCGGAUUUGAACACGAAAUAUGCGCGUAAUCUCAUUUGAGCAUUCCCGCGGUGAUUUUUCCACAAGAAUAUCUCCUGGUCAGAUCUAAUGUUUGCUUCGUGAGCUAUGUACGUCAUCUACCAAGAUCUGAGGCUUCAAACAUAAAAAGGUGUUUCGUUCUCACUCUGAUAAUUGAUUGUUCUUUCAAACUCUACAUUAACCUCGAAACCUCGAAUUAGCCGACUCAGUUUUGGUGUCAUGCAACGAUAUUUCAAGUGGAAUAGACAUCGAUAAUUAGUAAACACUGAAUAUAUGAAAUCGUCUUUUUGUCUUUCUGAAUGACUGAUUACGCUAACUUUCCAGAAACUUAACUGAUAUCCAUUAGAACUUUGUACAUUAUUAAGAAAACAUACGCAAAAACGGCUCUUCUUCUGCAUUUCAUUCUUUGGUUUUUCCCUUUGCCUCAGUGUAGCUUUGAAGACUGUGAUCACAUAUUUCACCAUUUUCGCUAUCAUUUCACCAAUUUACAUUUGCAAUGAUUCUUUGAACUAUUCGACAUUUUAAGCGAUUCUGAAUUCAAUUUUGUCUACAAAAUCCCUUUUGUCUCACAUAUAAGUUCGUAAAUUGAAGAAAUCUCACCUUGGUAUAGGUGUCGAAAGUAUAGCGCGAUAAACGUGUCAGUCUGUUGGAGGAGAAUUGUUUGCCAAAUUCAGUUUUCAGACAUGGUACGAUCCUUAAUCCCCUAAACGCAAGUGGAGCAUGAGAUAGCUUUUAUCCUUGACUCUACCAACGCUCUCUACUAUUCAGGAGUUUCUUUUGGAAGAAAACAGCCGAUUCAGAAAAUCUUUUUUUGAUUCGUUUUAAAAUAAUUUUAUGGUCACACCAAGAAUUGCAAAAGGAGAUCUCUAAAAAUCAUAAUCACAAGAUGUCGGUAAGUUGAUAUUCCCGCUUUGUGGUCUUCAUAUAAUGGUAGGAAAUGCUAAAUGAAGGUCAUCAUCCCAUAUUGUCCAAGAAAAAACGCUCAAGGGAAAAUGAUGAAUAUUGGCACUCUGUAGGAAGCUCGGAAGGAAUCCGAGAAGUAAUGCAUUGCUCUUGCGUCAAUCCGCGCUUUGAUUGGUCAAAAAUAGUCAUGCUACUCUUUUAACCAACAGCAUGGCAAGCUCAUUGAGACUUCCUUACGCGAGCUUUCCCGCGCUUUAGAUUGUUCAGUAUUUUUACUUUGAGUACCGUUGAGACACUGGUAACGGCUGCCUGUAAUUUCCACCAUCAUUAUGAUUGGCUGCAAUGAUUACGCGGGUUUACAGAUGCAAAAUUAUCAAACACUGAUAUUCUAUGAACCAGACUCAAAUCAGCUGAACGCUGUCAUCAGCCUGAUUAAAGAAAAUGGUCCAAAACACUUACACAACCGUUAGCUUCACCACUGACAGAACUCACAGAUGAAAGGGAGAAAACUUAGAUCAAGUUGUGCUCUCCGUGCGUCAAUGAAACUUUUGGUCGCGUAAUUAUCGAUGAAAGAUGCUAGUAGUGAACAAAGUCGAAGUUCACUUAACAGAUAUUUCCGUCUGCAGAGAACUCUGUUUAAACUCACGCCUGAUAAAUACUUUCUAUAUAAACAUAAUAAACGGGGAGCAUCGACCGUGAAAACGUUAUUGGCUUGCUAAGAACAUCAAUUUUGGAAAGCCUCAACUGAAUUACACAUAUUGUGAAUUGAGAACGGCCUGCUUCUACCCACUCCUCUUCCUUCCCCCUUUUAAUCCAGUCCUUGAUAAUUUUUAUUACCUCCUUUAAUGUUUCUGAGGAUAGGCAAUCAUAAACAUUAUCGUGCAUACUUCAUGUAUAUUUAAUCUCUCGAGCAAAAAGUACUAAUUUUGGUAGCUGUAGUUUUGAACACUCAUAUUACUCAUCGAGACCCUCAGAUCCAACCACUGUGCUUGUUACGCAAUUGAAAUAAAAUCCACUUUGUAAUUUGAGUCGUAAUGUUUGUGAUCACCGUUAUGUGACGAAGGUAUUUGGAUGAAUAAUGACUUCAAAAGCCUUCUUCAUUUUGGAAACUGGGCUGGUUUCAUCUCUGAGCAUGACACACUGAUGAGGUCCAGCAGUUUGUCUCUGUCAUAGAAUUAUUGCAGAGCGUGCUUGCAAUCCUAACUCUUCGGUCGUUUGUUGUGUCGAUUUCAGCUAAAAAUUCUGUUUAAUUUCUUAUCAUUGUGCUUACUAAUUUGAAACAAUUAUUAACGCUUUCAUAACUUGAAUGUCUGCUUAUUAAACCAUGUCUCUCUAGCUCUCUUGUAAGUUAAUAAAUUGUGUUAAUAAUGCUUUGCUUUAUUAUUCUUAUUAACGUCUUCGAUUCAAAACGUAACAUGGAAUUUUUCUUCUCUAACUCUGGCUCCACUUCAGGCGGGAAGACGGGCAGACGACAAGGCCGAGGAGACAGGCGUUUUGGUACUCUACUUCUUCUUAUCUUGUUCUUUUUGUACUAUUGUUUCCAUUUUCCUUUCUUUGUCUCACUGCAUGACAUAUGCAUGCCUGCAUGGUAUAUCCUCUUAUAGAGCACAUUGCCACUGUACUGUUGAACAGUGGAUGUAGUGUUCACUAAAACCACUUUUAAUACUCUUGCCUUUGCACGAGGCACAAACAUGCAUCUGUUUAAAAAAAGCUGUUAAUCUCUUAAUAGAAAUACCACGAGGUUAGUUACUUAACUUAAUUGCACUCCACGCAUAAGAUGUAUUUGCAUACAGAAACUCUUUAGUAUAAUUUUACUUUAAGUUCUCGAUAUGACGACAAAGAUCGGGCGAGCUUUCCUUCACCUCAAAAGAAAAAAAAACAAAAAAGGCCCAUAAAAUCGCGAAAAUGAGCAAAGUGUAGGCAAAUUGUCACAUAGCCAUCCAUUUACUAUAUUAGCAAACUUCCUUUCCUUUCAGGCUUCAUUUGAAAUUCUUUUUGUCCUCUUCAAACAGCAUUUUGAUCUCCUUCAAAAUGAAGAGUUUCUGACCGAUUUUUUAGAAUUUGCUGUAUAGAGACCAUAAGCCUUGACGCAAAGGUGCACUGAUAAAAUCAGCUUGACUGAUUUCAACAACAGGAGUCUAAACUUUUCACAAAAACAUGUUCGUUGAAAGGAACCUAUGAGUCUGAUCACGUUUGGGAGAAUUUUUGCUAGAAGCGAGGAAAACAUGAGAAAUUCCUAAUUUACUUUAAAUAGAACUAAGCAUCGUCUAAUUCGAUCAAGUUCGGUAGAUUUUCUUCACAAAAUCAAUAUUAAAUUGCUAGAUAGAUUGCUUGGUUAAAUAAUUAUAGGAGCAACUCAACAUUGUAAACUAAACAAACCAAACCUUUAGCAGAGAAACCUAACAUAAAGAAAGUUUUGUAUCUCUUUUAUUAUGCACCUUUGCGUUACAAGGCGAAAAUCGGUAGAGAACGACUCUGCUCAAAAUAAGCUUUGGGAAAUUCACUGAGCUGUCCAACAACUUUUUUUCACCACCUGCACGAGGAAGUAGCUGGUAUACGCGUUGUUUGUCAAUGAAGCUUCUAGUCUCCCUUUUUUCAUUUUUUUUUCCCCCGGCUUAUGUUGGUUCGCGGUGAGGUUUUAGAACAUUAACGAAUGGAUAUCCCUACUUUAAUUGUAAUUAUUGAUUUCGUCUUCCGUUCGUUGUGUUUACAUGUGGUUUGUUGAAGAUAUUCAAUUGUAUUGUCUGUCAUAUUGUUCUCAUAAAUGUAAGCGGUAAUAUUUGCAUGUUAAUCUUCUGAACGGAAGUUACAAGCUCAUUCACCACUAUGAUUUUAUUAACUCGUGCCACAUCACAGUAGAUAACUGAAAGGCUGACGAUGCCCAACUGUACGAGUCGAAACGUGUUCAAGACGUUAGUUACUACAUGUGAUUUUGUUUCGUUUCAGAUCGGUGAGGGUGACAAGUUGAUCAAUGUGGUUUUGCUCAAUGGAGAGAGGCUUAACGUUAGAGUACAGGUAAAACUCUUUCAUUUCAACCGAAGCUUUCUUAGUUUUUAAUUCGAUCGCGUCAUGAUAAAGAAACUUCUUAAGCAUAGCAGAAAAUGGUACACUGACGAUUUUGCCAUUUAUCUACUUGAACAUUUUAGUCAACAGAACUCGAAAAAAGUACGGGGGUUUAAUGUGCCGAAAUAUUUUUUUAAAAUAAGGCAAAAUGGUGACAAUUUUUUAUGAGGUACGAAGGCGUUGUGAAGGGUCAAAGUUAUCUUUCGCCUUCAACUUUAGCUCAGUUUAUAUUUGAGGCUUCUAUUUCAGCUCCUUUGUUUUCUUCUUCGUAGACAUGAAUUUUUGGUUAAUUUAUGUCAGGAAAUACCAGAGCUUCCAUCUAACGUUCAAGAAAUUGGCUUUACUUUAGGGGGAAUAAAAGAACGUGAUAGCAAUUGCUGUUAAAAUAUUAAUAUUUCAGUAAGUGGUUUCUUUUUGUUAGAACACCUGCAAAAAGGAUGAGACGUUUUAGUUGAAAAGUUUCUUGACCCCUUUUACUGGUCGCGAUUUAUUUAAUGCUUUUCCGAUCAUUUGAUUCACAAAACAAUAUCGGCCACAAAAUUGCAAUCCUGAACGAUAUAAAGAUCAAAAACAGCUAACCAAGCAACCUUAAUCAACCACAGGCAUCUGCUAGUGGACAAGAUUUAUAUACCAUCAUCACGGAUCAUCUUGGGCUCACAGAAACCAUUUUCUUUGGACUAAUGAUCAUAAAAGGUAAUUAAAAUGAAGGUAAAUUUUAUUUCGCGAUCUCUGGGCUGCAAUGUGUGGAUCGGAAAUUAAUGAUGAGCAAGAGUGUGUAAUUUCGGAGAAUUUUCAGAAGUUACUGUCGAUGAAGCUGAUACUAUAGACAUAUCCAGCGCGGGAGUAAAUUGAAGCCCUGUUUGAUUUUCAACUUCAAGUUAAAUUGGAAGUCAAUUCUUCUUGACGACUUUUGAGUUUAAACAUUCGUGCAGAUUUCCGCUACUCUCUUCUCAGUUUAAAAUUUCCAUAUUAGUCAGUUGUUCUCUUCAUCAAAGGACAUUUCAUUUUUACCUUGUCCUCGAAUCAUGCGCUUAAAAAUCAUUAGCUAUUUCAUCCUUAGUCUACAGAGAUCUAAUUUAAGGCUGGUUUCUCUGCCGUAAAUCUACUUAGUUUGAGUAAAUGCUUAUAUUUACAGAUGGAGAGCACGAGUUCUUAGACUUGAAUGAGAAACUUUCAAAGUUGGCAAAGUUUGCUCCUCAUCUAUGGAAAGACGAUGUAAGUUGUUUACUGAGACAAAUGAUCUUCUACUGUUCGUUACCUGAUACAAGGUUGUCGUCAUUAUUGCUUAAUGGGUUAAUUAGGUUUCUUCACAAUAUCCAUAUUAAGUGAGCGAUAAAAUGCAUUUUUUGAGCAAUGCAUAAAUAUCUUAAUUUCAGGUUUCUUGCAAUUCCUCCCUUGUUUUCACCAUCUUCUUCCGUGUCAAGUAUUACGUGGAGAACAUUUGCCUUCUUCAGUAAGUGUUACUUUAAAGUUUUGGUCGGGGUCUCUUAGCCGGGAAAUAUCUAUGUUCAUUAGUUUAAACGAUCACAUUAAAAUUUUAUAAAGUUUAACAAACAACCACCGUCAAUAAUUGUCUCUCCCGGAAAACUCUCCUAGACAACAGUCUACCAGACACUUGUACUACCUGCAGCUGCGAAAAGAUGUCCUGGAAGGAGGAAUUUACGUUCACGAAGAAACUGCUAUGCUAUUAGCUUCGUAUGCUCUCCAAGCAGAAGUAGGAGAUUAUAACCAGACCGUUCAUGGCUCGGAUUACUUCGUUCCAGAGCAUUAUCUUCCUCAGAGAGUAAGCUUUAACUUAAACCAGAUGGCCACCUUUUUACUAAGACAUAGACAUCGGAGAUGUCCAGACACCAGGAGCCAAAUGUUAGGAAAGAUACAUUGCGUGUUCCUAAUGUUUCUCGUUAGAUUUGUAAACAUUCUAUUUACACAUUUUCUGUUAGAAGCUGUACGCCGUCCUAAAUUGGUAUCGACAUAUGUGAGACAGACUGACUGCCUACCCCCUGUGAAUAUAGAUAUCGCACUUUGGUGGCCAACACUCUCUGUAAUGUGGUCCGGACGGUGAACAAAGCUUUCCGGUGUUGUCAUUGUUGAUGUUGUUGUUAUUACUGUUGUUUUCGUUACCUUGUCUGUCAGUCGCGUCUGUUUUAUUUGUGAGGGGAAAAUCCUUUUUCAAGUACGUGUUUCACUAAGCAAGAAAAGAAAGAUGUAUCAUGGACCAACAGACAUAACAGGAAUGAAGCGAAGUUGAAUUUCCUUCACUUGCAGUUGAAUAAUAGCCCUUUUUUCUUCGUUUAUUUGAAGGCAAUCGCCAAACUUACUGCUUCCUACAUAAAGAAGCAUCUUCCAGCGAUGCAUAAGACUCACACUGGUCUCAGUGAUGCUCAGGCCGAAAUAGAGUAUUUAAAGGUUAGUAGACCAGUAAACAACCUCUUUGUCUCUGUGUGUAACUCUCACGGCUUGGACGUGCCUUAGAGAUCAUUGCCGUUAUGUAGAGGUUAAGAUAAAACUAAAUGUAAAGAACAUCAACGAAAACAAAAAGGUAGCCUUUUUGGGCUUUUUGGGCCGUCCUAGAAUGGUGCUAUGGUCUUCAGUAAAAGGGUUGAAGUUUUGGUUGUGUGCCAACGUGACGAAAGGGAAGCCAGCAUACAGGGUGAAGAUUUACAUCUUUUCACCUCUGUUAAUCAAGUCUCCUCCACUCCUUAUUGUAGCCCUCUGAUAAUUCCCUAAAACUGUUUCCGCAGGAGGCACAAAAGUUACAGGAGUAUGGAAUUAUAUUCAACAAGGUGUCAAAGGUAAGGCCAACCGAAUGCGUUUGAGUGGCAAUUUAGACAAAACAGAGUUUCAAAAUUGAGUAACGAACAUGAGAAGAUUACCAGGGGAUCAUGAAACAAAACGUGGAAAUGUUAUCUUUGCAGUUUAAAAAAGACAAGAGGGGCGGUUUUAGCUUAGGCAUCAGUGUCAGAGGCCUCAUUGUGUACGAGGUAAGUAGUCUCCAGUGAUUUUAUUCUAGCCCUUUUGGACCUGUUCAGCGCGCCGUGACACUCGAUUAGUUCUUAUUUUUUUCACAAGCUAUAGAGUCUUUUCUUUGAACGUCAACUUUUAAUAGCGAACUAGUUGCAGCUUGACAGCCUUGAGACAGUUGUGCUGACAAAAAUUAUUCAUAUAACUUUAAUGAUGAUUCACUGCGUCGAAAGCGCGAUUUAUUCGGAAAAAACAAUGCUCCAGUUUUAGAAAUACUGUUCUCCGCUUAAAAGACUAUUGGUAGCAAAAACUUGUGCGUUGGUCCCUGAGAUCCCAAUCUUCCCCGUUUCCGGCCUCACAACAACCAACGAUCCUCCGAGGUUAGCUGAUUCUCCUUCUAAAGUCCCCAAGAUAACGAUUGUCCCUCCUUUCCCAACAACCAACACCCAAAAAAUAUGACAGCCACUUCAAGUUUGUAAAUCAACCAAGUCUAAUGUGCAGUAAUGUUUGUUUUCUAGGAAAGAGGAGUCGUAAAAAGUCCGACAUUUCGUCAUCCGUGGCAAAACAUCAAGCGGAUGGCCUUUCAUGUUAGUAUUCAUGCUAUUUUUUAUUAAUUUGGUCGCUGGACUCUCAAAUACAACAACAGUAGGUGUUAUUAGCCUUCUGGAAGCUCCUGUUAUCAAGAUGGUUACAUUUGUCCAUAGAACUCUACUGAUUUCCCAUCCUCUCUUUGUCUUCGUAGCGGCGACGAUUUUUCAUUGAGGCACACGGUGAUCCAGAAACCUCUAAAAUGGUUUUGUACACAUGCAGUUAUAAGAAGUAAGUUUAGAAUGUGUGCAAAAAAUUUUUUUUCAAAAUGUUCAAAAACCUUUUGUCUUUAUAAGCUAUUUAUUAUAAGUAGAUCUUAAUCUAGCAGCGGUCAUUUUGAUGCCCCAGAAUGAGAAACUUUUUUUCUUGUCCGUCAAACUUCGCAGCGAGAAGCAAGAAUGUAUCUUUUACUCAGAAAACUCAAAAUUUUAGCCACCUAAUAAACGUCUAUCAUUGACACAAGUGGGACGCUAAAAUUGUCUAUAUUGAUUUAUUGGCGCUUGGAUGAUCAAAGAGACUUCGGAUGGGAAGUUUUGGUGUGUCUCUCUACUGCCAUGGUAAUUCUUUAAAAUUAAAUUUUUUUCAAAACAUUCUGAUCAUGUUAUCCUUAAUAAUCAACUAAAAGAGCGAUUUUUGUUAUAUUUUCGUUAAACUACGAAAGUAUAAAUGAAAUCUAUUAUAACUGAGACCCUCCGACGACAUUGAUCUUUAAAGCGAGAUUGUAAGUAAAGUCAUUGGGCUUUAACAAUGAUUGCAAGCAUGCCUCCUGGGAAUCAUUUGGGCUCUAGACAUGAAGCGAAGGGAAGAGGGGGGCAAAUUAAUUUUCGAAGCCUUGUCGAAGGCUCAGUUUCUCAGGCUUUACUUUGUACGCUACAUUUCAACGCUAUCUACGUGUGAAGAAUUAAUUCGUCACUUAAGUCAAAUCUUUAAAAAUUCUGACCGACAUAUUGAUUCAUUACGUUCCAUUAUCGAGGCAAUGGCAACUAAAUCGCAUAAGUAGUUAAUUCCUUAAAAAAGAUGACAAAGAAGUUAGCAUGACUAAGGCGUCCUCGUUUCAAAUCACAAAAGUUGUGUUUCACACUUUUCCUCAUUGAUGUGAAUUUCCCAAUUGUCAAAAGGUUACCGUGGGAGACGAAAAAUACAAAAUUGUUCCCAGUCUCAAAGAUUUUCCAAGGCAACAGAUGACAUACUGUCAAUUCGGUUGCUUGCGCAAUUGAUCAAUGGUUCCACUGCACGUACAAAGCAUGAUUCUCGCGGGCAGGGAAAUUCUCCCCCUCCUGAUGUGCUUUAUACUCUGGUGAGGUGAAUGGCAAAGAUAAACAAGUUUUCAUAAAUUACUGAGAAUAAUCUAACAAACAUAUUUGCUAAAGAAAGCAAAUUUUAGCCAACAAAGUAACUUACAAUAUAAUUUGCAUGUAUAUAGCGAGCUUAGUUUGAUGUAUUGCAAUAUUUCAAUGAAAUUCCGACUCUAAUGGGCGUCUUUUCCGGUUAAAGGUCCCGUUAUUUGCUGAAAAUGUGUACAUCUUUCUAUAAAUUCCAAAUGAUGAUGGGAAUGAAGUUAUCCAGCCUCAAAGAAUAUCCAAAAGAUGGAGGUAAAUAGAGUAAAAUAUGAUGUUUUUAUUACGAACCACUCACUAUGUUGUCCAUAUUGUUAAAUUUUAAUUUACAUACAGACAAAGAAGUCGUUGGGAAAAGACACGCAGUAUAAUUCCUUGGGAUUUUAGGUCGUAAAGCAGUUAUAAACAAGCAGAAAAUCACAAAAAAUUAUUAGUAGCUUACGUAGUGCUGUCCUGUCAUACGUCACGUCUUAAUUCUAAUAGGAGGUCAAUUAUUUUUUACAAAUCAGCUGCUUUCACCUUCUUAGACGCGUUGGUAGUUGUGAUAAUGAGUAAAAGAACUGUGGUAAUAUGUGGUUGAUAUGACUAUAGAGGGUUUGCUCAGGUUCAUGAGGCCUUGAUUUCUACAGGCUGAUCUGUGGCAUGGGGUAUCACUUUUUAGUCAUUUGUUUGAUGCCAAAAGAUGGCCAAACAUUGUCAUUUGCUAUGAGUUCAUAUUUACUCAGCAAAGAGGCUGCUACUAUUGUAGCAAUACUUAUUGCAGAUAAAUCAGCCUUUUUUGUUUGCUUUUGCAGUGGUCAGGAUGAAUGGAGUAGUGAAGACCGACGAAUCCGACUCUCUGGCUGGAGAUAUGCCAGAAUCAGCCGCGGGCAAGCCUGAAAACGAGUCAGGGGUCAUACAGCCGCCUGGAAUAGGUCCCGCGAUACAUCUAAACGGGUCAGCUUGCCCAGUGCAGGACCAGCCAUUGCAGGUUAGCCACUUUAUGUCGCUUUGCGUUUGUUUUCUUGAGCUUAAAUAAACUAUAGCUUCUCUUAAAAAACGUACGCCCAAUCGCAAAUUCGAGUGGAGAUCUUGUUGGACUCUGAAUCCAGAGUUCCUAGAAGCAUUUGUUUCUGAGAGAUUCCUACUUCAUUUCUACAUCACGCUUGUAAAAAGCCAACCGGUUGGCCUCCCACCAGUUGAGGUUUUAAUUAUGUCACAUUUGAUUCAUGGUGAAUUUAGAUUUUUUUUAAUCAGUAGGCCAAAAUGAAAACGACAGCAUCACCAACAAUUGUGUCCCCUAAUAUGUCUUAAUAAUAGUCUUAACAAUCACAGGAAUACAAAAGUACUCCUGACAUUACGCAAAACUUUCUGAAACUGUUUCAUGUGCCUCUAUAACCGGUGACAUCACCAUCAUCAUUUACCUUGAGAUGUCUAUAUGGAGGAAUUAACCCCUGAAUUUACACUGGAUCGAGCUCUAACCAAAGAAACCUCGAUUUUUUCCGAGCUGUUGAAGGAAGGGGUAUAUAAAUUCUUAAAGAGCUUUUUAGUGAAAAAAGAAGCAAUAAAGACUCUUUAUUUACCUUGACUGACUUGUUAUAUUUCAGGUCAGGGUUCAUCCUGUUCAGCUUCAGAAGGUGAACGGGAGCCUGGGACUCAAUAUUAUUGUAAGUAUUUUAUGAAAUAAGAUAAUCUUCGAAUAUUUGAAAAUAAUAAUUAAUGGUAAAUUUUACUAAUCAAGAUAAAACUUUAGAGAGUUUGAAAAAAAAAACCAUUUGUGAAUGAUAUUUCUGUUGCUAACUCUCACUUCUUUGAGAAAUAUCCUUCGAGGAAGGGGCAAUUCAAAAUCCUCUGUGGAAAAAAUAUUUCUAAAGAUUAAAAAAAGAAAAAAAAAACAGAAAAGACAAGAGAGUCUACACAAUAACAAGAGACUGAAAAAGGGGCUCAAACUAAAAGCCGUUAAAAAGUUAACUGUCUUUGCUCAGCAUUGUUUGGAAUGGGUAAUUUAGUAUUAUCAAGAGAUUUGAUAAUGUAAAUUGCCCACCGUAAAGAGUUUAAAAGCUGACGUUUCGAGCGCUAGCCCUUCGUCAUAGCUAUUUUCUGGUAUAGUCUCAGUGGUGACGUCAUAUUCUCUACAGGGUGGUAUCGAGUUGGGUGGUAUUUAUGUGAAGACCAUGGCCGCAGAAGGUCCCGCCUCUCUCAGCGGAAAAAUUAACAUUGGUGAGUUUUCUUGAUCCACAUUCACUGAAUACUAAAGCAUCCUGACAUAGUAACUCUUCUUGUAAUGUAUUAGAGAUUUGAUAUCAUCAGAAAAUUCUGACAAACUGACACUUCACCAUUUAAGAAGAGUUGAAUUUAGCAUGAAGUAAAGAUUAUUUCCCCCGAAAUUUUGAACACAAGUCUUGAUUUGCCUGUCGUUUGACAUUUCAGAUCACUAAUCAUAGCUGAGGACCGACCAAAACAAUUUAAGAAUAAAGGGUUAUGCUCUUAAAUGCUAAAUAAAGGGGCAGAUUCUAUCCUCUAAGUAGGCGGUCCUUAUUGUCUUUCUGUGAUUUGUUUAAUUUACUUGGUUUUCUUUUGCUAGGUGACAGAAUUCUUGAAAUAAACGGUCAAAGUCUAGAGGGUUUAUCAAGACAAGAGGUAAUUUAUAUGACAAUGAUUUUUGUCCUCUAGAACCUGAGAAGAAUUGAAUAAUAGAUCAUCUUUAACCCCUACAUCUUUUGUAAGAUCCAAAAUUAAAUUAUACUAGCGUGUCCACAAUUAAUUCUCAAUAAGCGCAUUUUGGGAUCUCGAAAUCUGUUCCAGUUAUCCUUACGACCUUCAUUCAAUUGUUCCUCUAUUCCAUUAUAAAAUUACUUCCUUUUUCCCGGUACGCAGGCUGUUAACAUUUUAAGGACAGCACCUCAUGUUUGCACAAUGCUGAUAGAGAGCUGUGUAGCAGCUCCUGCGACACCAAAUGGCAAGCCAGUAAUGCCUGGGUCCGAAUCAGCGUCAGCUUUUUAUCACCCUCACAGACAGCAGCAAAUGCAGCCCAUGAUGGAACGUCAACCCUCAUUGGAAUCACAGUAUUCUUCAAUGCAACAGCAGUUUGUGCCUAGCCAAAGUCACCAGAUUGAAGACAUAGUUACAGUGAGUACUACUAAUGUAAAGGAACCAAACUCAGAAACACUUUCUUUAGGAAAGCGGACCACUAUCGAGGCAAUAGCCUGGGCACAACCUUUUGAAGGGAACACUUUUGCAAAGGGAGCUGUGUCGGCUAUUUUAAGGGAAAGGGCAAAGAGUAAAGUAACGGCUCUUAACGAAAAUGGCUCUCCGGAGGAUUCACCGGAAAAGUGUAAAGGAGAUGUAGAUUUAAUUGAUUCCUUAGCUGGGGAGGGAACAAAGUCACCAGUAAAUAAAACCGAGGAAAAUACAAGAGAGCAGUCUCUUGCUCCAUUAGACGAUUGUCAAAAGUUGCUUCCAGCGGAAAACUUGUCAGUAGAAGAAGAAUCGCAGCCUCUCCCAUCAGUGGAGGAGCAGACUCCGCCAAAUGAGGAGUCAGGCGUUGUGAGUGGGUUUUUCAAGAAAAUCCAUUCCUUCUUAUUUUCUCCAACUUCACCGAAACGAAAGCGCUCGGAGGAAUCAGAAUCUUCCUGCUGUGAAAGCGAUUUUGAUUCGGAGUUUAGUGAAAUGACUCAGGGAUCUUUCAACCCGGGGGACAUUGAAGCAAUUCGCGAUGAGCUUGAGCAGUUAUUAAGCGGUUCACCGAACCAGGGUUUGGAAAAUAGGGACGGGUUUUCCCAUGGUGAAGGCCGCAGCUCUCAGCGAGGUAGUCCUCUCCCCUUAACCCAAGAAGAAUUAACUAUUGAUUCAAAAAGUCAGCAGGGAGAUAAAGAUGUCGUAGAAAGGGGAAAAGUAGAGGCUCUUGAAGGGCUGGAAAGAACCAUGACAUAUAAAAAGCUUCUGGAGAGCAGUGAAACUGAACAGGGUGGUAAUGAAAUAAUAAAUUUCAAAGUUGAAGAUGAUGCGAGUGAUAUGCAGGAAACAGAGCGGAAAAAUUUGGUUAAAUCUAGCAUGAAUAUUAAUUUAGAGCAAAAAGAUACAUCUUUCUGCAAGGAUGUGGAUUGUAUUGAUCGGGAAAUUAGUAGAGUCACAGAUGAUAAAGAACUAGAAGGAAUUUACAAAACAAAUAGUGUUCUUAAGGUUCAGAAGGAAACAACUGUGUAGAAUUGGAUGAAGCCUUCGUGGUCUAGUGAGCUCUGAGUGAUGAAAAGAACCUGACAUUCUUCUCAGGAAAAAAUUGAUCAGAAAACUGGUCGGAUUGAUGCUAUUGCUAAAUCAAUAUUAUCAAGUGAUUGUUAACUAUGUUAAUAAACGAUAAUAACAGUUAAAACCAAAAUCAGCUUUAGAAAUCAUUGUUGCAAUGUAAAAAACAUGCCGAAGAAUAACUGAACAAUAUUGACAUUGUUCGUUUGUAUAAGACUCAAAGUAGUGGUUAUAACCGGAUUCGAAAAUGAAAAUAGACGGGUAGAGACGUGUUAAUUAGCCAUAUUACAAAAUCAUUGGCCUCAAACUUAAUUUAUCUUUAUUGUCUCUUUUAUUUUCGUUAACGCAACUGUGCCAGAAAGUGUAAUUCUUUAUUACAUAAAAGUGUAGUAGGGUUAACCGUUAUAAUGAUAAACCUGUAACUUAAAGUAUUUACCUCACUGUUGUAAACAUACAGUAGUUUAUUGGAGUGAGUGCUAGAGCGUCAGUUAAAGUAAUUAAUGAUAAGGUCGCAAUCCUAAGCGAGACAAUACUAUCUUCGUUCUAUUGUUUCUUCGAAUAAUGUACAAAGAGGUCAAUUUGGCCAACUCUGUAUAACAAGCUGGCACUAUGUAAUCAGCAGGAAGAUUUGAGGGUUAUCUCAGACGGUUUUUCAUAUCUCUCAUAAGUGUAUUGUCAUCUACAGUUUUGAUUUAGAAUUUGUUUCAAACCGUGCUGACCAAGUGAAUGAAACGAAAGAAUUAUUGAGUGAAUUGUAGAUGAAAUGUGUUAUCCUUGAAAAAAUUGAAUAACUGGUAAAAAAUAAAUUAAAUGAAUGAGUAUCUUCUCAUCUUAUAAUGGUGAUAAUUUUUGUUCAGAAGCCCAGAGAAACCUUUAAUGCGGUAUGAGGCCAAUAUAAGAUAAAGUUUUCAAAUGGAAAAAGAAAUCUAUGAAGAUAUCCCACAUCACAGUCUGGUGUAAACGGCAUCAAACAAUGUAUUUAUAAGUAACUCUUACAAAACUUAAAGAAAUGAUAAACAUUGAUAUUACAAUCUUUCUUAGUAAUUCAUUUAAUUCUAUUUCUUCAUUUAAGAUUUUUACAAAGAGUAUCGAGUUCAAAUCAUUUCAAGAAAAUGUGAAAUGCAUUCAACUGAUGACCUCUGUUUAGUUUCCAAAGUUUGUGAACAAAUCAAAGGUUUUUGAUGCGGGAUUCUCUAAUUAUUUCAACGUAAAAUUGAAAGGAGGUUGUCGGUAUGAUCAUGAGAGACACUUCAGAUGUUGUUACGUUAGAGGAAAUUUAACAGAGGUCAUCUCAAUAGAAUGCCACUGUAAGUGACAUCCUUUCCGAAAAGGUAGCUCAAUAAAAUAAUCACAAUCAACUGUUAUAAGGAUGGGAACAAACGAGUAUUGAUAAUGACCCAGUGUAUACCUCUGUUAUGGCAAUGGUUUAGACUUGUAUCAUUCAAAACUUAUUUUUGUGGUUGAAACGGCUAACUCUGAUGUCUCUUUCAGGACUACAUUCCUAUUGAAAUUCCGAAACUCAAUGGAAGUUUCGGGCUAAAUGUUACGGUAAGAUAAUUUUGUUGAAAUUCAUUGCACCUUGCAGCGUCCUUAGAGAUUUUUUUCCACGUUCCUUGCCAUCUCCAAAAUCCUUAGCUCUUUUUUUUUUAAAUUGUUCAAGAAUUCUUUCCUUUCAAUAGUUUGGAUGUCGCAAGUCAACGAUCUCUACUAAGAAAGUCAUACUGACUAUACUAUCUUUCCCAGUUAGGCUAAGAGAGGACACAAUUUUCCUAUUUUGAACAUAGCCUUUCGGGAUAAAUUAUUUUCAAUGGGUCAUGAUUAAGAGCUCUUUUCAUACUCUUGUCCAAAUCAUGCAGAGUAUUAACUGUGUCGGUAACUAUUAAGUAACACCUGAUGUACUACUUAUCUCGACUGACACAAUGUAGAGAUAUGAAAUAUAGGCCGUUGUGAACUAUGCGUUGAUUCUAAUUAAUUCUGAAAGAGACCCUAGAAAUUUGACCGUUUAAAUUAAAGAAAGGAAAUAGUAACCUUUAAUACAAAUGUGAUCGCAAAUUAGCAUUUAAGCUUAAGUUUUACAUACUUUGGUUGCUCUCGAUAUAUGCCUGAGUUUUUAGUCCAUUUUUCUCAUUUGAACAAUCCUGAAAGGAAAAAUAACAAACAGGGCUAAAUGAUUUAAAAUGUGGUCUACAAGCAUGCUUAUCGGACGUAAAUCUGCCAGUCAAUUUGUAGAUAAAAGAAGCUAUUUUUCGUUUGAUGUCGCGGAAUCAGCCGUUUCGUGGUGGUAAUUCCAUAAAGAAUCCUUUGUCUACCUGAAGCGCUUUCGUUGCAUUUUAAAUUCGUUCUAGCUCUUUCCGGUGUAUUAAUUCGUGAAGUGAAGCACAGGUGUAUUGACAUCGCAUCUAAGCUGUAAAUAAUUCAGUUAAAUCUGUUUUGAACUUAAUAACAACGACGAAAACUUUAAAUUAGAUUUUCUGAAUCCACGCCAUCACGUAGAACUCAAGUUUCGUUACAGCAGCUGCAAUUCAGCAGAAGGAAAUUGUCCCAAGUGAUGAUCGAACAAAAACAAUGAAAGAUUCCCCAAAAAAGUAGAAAUGUAUCAUCCCAGAAUGUAGAAUCGAUUUUCCUUUGCAAUAUUUUAAUAGAUACGUGUUUUUAUAAGAAAAAGUAAUUUGGCCAUGCCGGAGUUUCUUAGUUAUCAGCGGGGACCCAGUGAGGUCUCUUUAUUACAAUUCGUUUAAGAAUCGUAUAAAUCAUUCAUAAGUCGAAACAUAAUAACAAAAAUGUCUUUCGGCUUCGUCUAUAGCAAUGUUUUCAAAACUAUGAAAGACUCAGUUUACUAACAGUGGCGUUUCCUUUCAAAACCUCACCAAACUUUUCUCCUCACACACGGAAUUCCCGUCCUUCUCAUCCAUGUUUUCUGGUAUGUUUUGACUUGUGAUUGUCGAAAUAGGUCUAAACUUCGAUCUUUUCCCAUUUUAUUUUGAACAAUGGUGACCUUAUAGUAAACGAAGAAAUUUUUGGAUUUCUUAUGCUUACUUUAUCUUAUUUUUCACCCUAGGGUGGGCCAGAACUCGAUGGAAUUUAUGUGAAGUCCCUAUUACCUGGCGGAGCCGCAGAAGCUUCAGGGAAAAUAAGAAAUGGUACGUAACUGAUCUGUUAUGACUUAUUUGAUCAGCGACCGAGAAAAGAAACUUUUUUCAUAUCACAACAUCGGUUACAGAAUAGCACUCUAAUUGAAAGUGGAAGUCGGGUACAACUGCCUUCAAUAUCAAUGACAAAAAAAAAAAAAUUUGACAAACCUUUAAGUUUUGUGCCAUCCUUUUGAAAAGAAGAUCGCUCGUGUCCGUGUUGUUGCGCCGCCAAUCCAGGGUGUUAUUUUACGUUUCUAUUUCGUUGAUAAAGCUACGUUUUAUUACUUAGUUUCAAGCAAUGGAAAAUAAAUUCACGGAUGCUUGCUUAUCUUGUGCUCUAAUGAAUUUGAUUGGAUGCCCUUUGAAUGGAAAGGAAUUGCUUUAUUUAUUCAAACAUCCUUCUUUUUUGGGAAGUGACCAAUAGCAUUCUUUCUUUGCUGUAUUUUGCGUCCAUUGAUUGGACGCGAUUAUUCUAAGACUAAACGUAUCAAGUAAUAUGUUGAUGUAUUCUUACAAACGUACCUCAAAUAUUUUGGUUAUUUCACCUUUCUGAUUUGGUGGGCAGAAUUGUUUAAAUGCAAAACUAUAGAACUUUAGCGUCAAAUGUCUGCCUUAAUUUCCAUGAUCUUAUAUAAAGAAAUAGUGCGUAUCAUCCUAAGAGAAUUACGGUGUAAGAUAUCGAUUUUGACUGUAUUUGACUCCUACUGUAUAACACUGAUUGAUUGGCAGCCUAAUGCCGAGAAGGAUUUGUUUUAACCUUGAAUUUCCGAGUGCAAUUCAUGUAUAAUGUAAUCUAACGCAAUUGGUCACAGAAAUUGCCCCACAGUGGUAUCAAAUAGCCAAUGAUGUAGAGAAUUUUCCUAAGAUGUAGAAAAUCCUCGUAAAACUUAAAUUAGAGAACUUAAAUGAGCGAAUAAAUCUUGAAAUCAAUAGUAUUAAUUUGUGAAAUGUGAAAUUAUUUAUUACAUAAAUACGAUCUCGUAAAGGUGUAUCAUCUUUUAUUCGUAAGGUGACAGAAUAGUGGAGAUUAAUGGUGUGGCAAUGGAUGGUCUCAAUCGUAAACAGGUAAUUAUUUGAGACUCUCCGUCGAUCCAUCUGUAAAGUUCAUUGACGAAAAUGAUUUCUUUGGGUAAAGAAACUAACCGGCCUGCCACCUGACGGCGUCACCUCGAAUAACAUCGAAGUAUCCAGUGGUGAUGAAAAUCUUGUGGGAAAAAUUUCACACUCUUUUAGAAUAUUAAGUAUUUGGCUAGAAUUCGACAGAAAAAAAAUCUUGACCUGGCGUCAUUGUACAAUAAUUAUCAGUGUCAGACGAAAUAGCGCCAUAAAGUCUGUCUGCUUAAGCAAAACGGCCUGUUUUCAUUUAUGCAUGUUGUUGAAGAACCCUUUUCAUGUUAUUACGAUUUCCGUUAUUUAAUCACAAUGUUUUUUUUGUGCUCCUUCGUAUUUCACUCAGCAAAACAGUUACAGUCACUUUUCUUUUUUAUUGGCGUUAAUAAUUUGGGACGGCUACAAAACCUCAGCAGGCAAAUCGUAUCAUAAUGACAUUUUUUCCAUUUUAACUUUCAUACGGUUAAUUGCAACAGGCUGUAGAGUUGUUGAGGCGGUCCGCUGCCACAGCGACACUGGUCAUAGAGCGCUUCAGAAAUCCUGAGCCUGCAGGACCGCAGGUGGAGGACUUGGAGGAUCUCUUGAGAACUUCGGUAUGAUUGCUAUCACAAUUACUUAAAUCUUUAGAUUUCUUGGACAUGAAUGGUUGAGGAUAAGACAACGUCUUGGAAAAUAGGAUAUCUGUAAAUGAUUAUUAUUUAUCGAAUAGAAUUUACUCUACAAAGUGACUAAGUCGCCUGAAAAUUUUGAUAGAAACACUAUAAUUCUAUAUUUUUGUUCUUUUUUUUUUCAUCUUCAGCCAAAUUGCAUGCUAGUGGAACUGCAGAAAAUCAACCAUUCAUUUGGAUUUAGCGUUGUGGUAAGGCAGUGGAUUUUGUUCAUAUUAUAUGCUACUUGAUAGUUGAGUUUUAUCAAGAGUUCCUGUUAAUUUGGUAAUGCUGAGUCUGACCAUCUGUUACGAUGGUUAAGGUACAUAAGAUUUGUUGUUGUUGUUAUUGCCGUUGUGGCAAACCACUUCCUAGAAGUUCUUGGUAUAAAUUGCAUCUUUUCUCAAAUUCUUAACAAAGACUGGGUAUUUUUUGGAAGAGAAAAGGAUAACGGAGAAAUAAGUAUAAUUUGCUGUUAUUGUGUCAUCAUUUUAUUCGCCAGUUGUAAUUGAUCUAACUGAAGGCUCUAAGUUUUUACUUUAUAUUAUAAAGGCUUAGAUAUGAAAACGAUCUUCGCAGUAGUGAACAUUACUUAAGCAAUAGCGAAAAUAACGAUUGAUAAAAACUCAGGCCUGUAUGGGAUUUGAACCCAUGAGCUCUGCGGUACAGUGCUCUACCGACUGAGCUUACAGGCCAACUGGGAGCGGGUCCAUUAUGUUGGAUCGAAAAAAAACCUGUGAAGUGAUGAUUAGUUGACUGUGAGUAUAUGAAAAUCAUGUAUGUGAAUUGGGGAAUAAGAACUACAUAUGAGAGCGAUCUUCGCAGUGGUGAAGGAUCACUACAUAAUAAUAAUAAUAACUUUAUCACAGUAUUUCCACUGAAAGGCGGCUCUUAAUCUGUAAAAAUUUACAUUAUAUUAAAAAGUAAAAAUAAUAGAAAAAAAAGCUAGAAUAAAUAUAAAUCAAGAAAUCAAAUGUGCAUUUGCCCUGUUUGUAAGAUACUUCCUCACUUUAGUUUAAAACCACUAAAAACUACAGAGUUCCUUAAAGCAGAUGGUAACGAAUUCAAAACAUUAGAGGCGCUGUACUGGAAAGUUCCCGACUUCGAAAAAAGUACCCGACUUCGAAAGUACCCGAUCUUAGCACGAAACAACUUUAGUAACGUCGUUUCUUUCGAAGAUCUCAGUGUUCGUGUGUGUAGGAUUAUGAUGUCUAGCUUAAGAUAGAACAGCCAGUCAUAAUAAUGCAAGGCUUGAAAAGCAGAGUUAAGUAAUUAAUACUUUCUGAUUAGAUCCGACAUAUGCGCAUAGUGGUAGCGAGGAUCAUUUUCAUAUCUAUUUCUUAUUCCGCAGUUCACAUGCACGAUUUUCAUAUAUUUACCUUCAUUUAAUAUAGAGACUGUAGGACAUGAACCGAGGUGAUAUCAUGCGUUCAAUAAUUUUUCUUGUCAACAGGGUGGGCCUGAUUUCGGUGGAAUUUUUGUGAAAACUAUCAAUCCAAAUGGUGCGGCAGCAAUGGAUGGUAGGAUAGGAAUCAACGACAGAAUAGUGGCUGUAAACUGUGUCAAUUUAACGCGUGCUACAAGACAAGAGGUAUGCAACCACUUGACAUGUGCAGAUUAACAAUUUAAAGUUGGGGUACAUUGUAAGACACAUUGGAAAGAUUUUACCGCAGUGAAAGCAAGAUAUUUUUGAAAUUUUCGAUGCUUACAGAACAUUGAACCAUACUUUCAGUCUCUCAAGCUAUAUUUAGAGUGAACACUUUGCGAAGAAGGCUACAUGCUUUUGAUCAAAAGAGAAUGAAAAGUUUGACCCAGCAGGCCUUUUCUCCAAGGUUGCAAGAAGGAUGAGAAAGGAGUUGCCGUUUAAAUUUUCAAAUUGAUAGAGCUUCAAGUAACUCAACAAGCUGUAUCUCUCUUAGGCGGUUGACGCCCUGCGAAACUCACCAAUCAUCGCUCAACUUGUAGUAGAAAAAGUCACUGCUGAAGAUAUCAUGACAAACAGUAGCGGACCACCCACCCCACAAGAAUCAAGAUACGGCGCAGUGCAUUACAAUCAUUAUCAAGCGAGCACCGACAGCUAUAAUGGUGAGAAAAUCAAGAAAUAAUCUAACACUCAGGAAUCAUGGAUCAUGACUAGUUGUUUAAACAUCACUAUCCUCGAGUUCUUUUUUAUUUUUUGACAUGCGAAACUAACUUAUAACCCAAUUUUUCCCGAUUCUUCAUGUUAAGUGACCUCUGAUUAUGAAACAUUUCUGUUGUAGAUUACAGUAUGGACGAUCUACCAUUCGAGGUGUAUCUAACAAAGGGACAAAGUGGACUGGGUAUGAGUCUCACAGGGGGAGACAAUGGAGGUAUGUCACAUGUACAUGUAUCUGGCAAAGUUUCUUUAUUGUUACACAUACUUUUGAACGCGCGGCACCCAGCUUUAUUUAAAAUUUAUCUGUUAAAUUUUUUUGUCGGUAACUUAGAGUUAAAGCCUGUCACACCCAAUAAAUUUCACACAGAACACUGCUUUACUAAAAAACAAUGAAUCUUUAACAAACUCAUAGGUAAUACGUAUUUUUAAACUUCAGUUUGAGAAAAAAAUAUCUUUAAUUCACUGACCAAUUUAGACAGCAAUUAUGUGUCCACGGCUUUUCCAAUACGAAUGAGUGACUUCUCUCGCUCUUAAGAAUUUCUGAAUUACUAACUUGUAUUUUCAAAACAAUUUAUUUACAAAGCUCCAAUCUAUAUUAAAAAGCUGGUUCCUGGAGGCUCAGCUCUCAUGUGCGGACAGCUUCAAGUGAACGACAUUAUUCUCCAAAUCAACAAUAAAAAUGUUGACCGGAUGACAUAUAGAGUAAGUUGAUAGUUCAUUUACAAAACAUAAGUGUUUAGCAAAAGCAAACAGCCUCAUGAUGUACAGAAGAAAGUGGCUUAGUUUGCGGAAGGUGUUAAUGUCACUACUGGAUCCGAUGGAAUUGUGGAAGCCAAGCCCAGCCCUGAAAACAUUUGAAAGAUCUCACUCUCCUUUCCAAAAAUUUUCGAUCCUAACAUUUAUGAGAGAAAGUGCCGUUAUGACAGUGGUAAUAUCUUAGUGACUGUAAUAAUUUACGGGACAAAAGUUCCAUCAUACUUCUAGGCUGAGAACUCGUCAAUUAAUCUUAACUAUAUUGAAAUUAUAAUUCAUAUUGAUGUAAAUAAACAAACAUUUUCAGUUGUACUUAAUUGAUUCAAAUUUAUUUCUAAAUUAAUUGAUAUCCCCUCUGACAAGAAGUGCUUGUUACCGCACUGUGCUCUAUGUGAAUUAUUUCAGCUUGUUCCGAAUUAAUUAUCUUUUGUUCGAUCUGUUUUUGUAGGAAGCUCUUUCCAUACUUCGCAAUUGUCCCUCAGAGGUUCGCUUACUCGUACAGAGACCCCGGAUGUCCUCUCAUCCUCCUUACCCAGGAUACCACGUGGGCAGUGACAGAGCAAGUGUUGACAGUUAUGGAAGCUAUAGUAGCAUGUCAAGUAUUUUUUAAACAAGUUCUGACUAUGUUCAUCAAGAUAAGUUAAAGAUUUUUAACCAGUUUAUCAAGUUAAACAAGUUCUGCGAGUUUAUCUCGCUCAGCGACUGUACAUUGACCUUUUUGGAGUAGUGCUUUGUCAUUGGUCAAAGGAAUUUAACCUGUGGCAGAUUGGCAAAGUAGUGGUAAAGAACUGAGACAUAUGAAUUCAAGCCACAAUCCAAGUUUUAGUUCAAGUUGCGGAGAUGGAUGAAAUAGAAACGACUGCCUUUAUAAUGGAAAGUCGAUGCAGAUUAGCGAAUUACAUUGCUAAAUUUGGUGGAAUUAAACUAAUAGCAGGCUCGUUUGGGCUUCAGACACAAGUCACCUGUACAUUAAAAACCCCUAAGUUUGGAAACCGAGUUGUAAAGUUAGAUGAAAUGAUGAAAUUGUGUUUCGGGAAUCAUCUUUGCGAGGGCUGCGGGCCACAUUGUCUUUCGUAACUGUUUUCUUUUUUUUUGUUUUGUUUAAUUUUUUUCUUGAUAGAGAGCCCUGGCGUUUUAGAAAGCU